AUGUUAACAGAAAGCACGCGGCAGGAAAUACUCGGAAAUCUGCGCUUGGGAGGCGUCUUGAUCAUUGUUGGGGAGACUGGCUCUGGAAAAUCAACGGAAAUUCCCCAGAUAGUUGCAGAGCACACUUCUGAGCGCGUCGUAGUUACGCAGCCCAGGAGGGUAGCGGCUAUUUCCGUGUGCGAAUUUGUCAAGAAAACUUCCACGCGCAUAAAGAGCGAGGAAAUAGCGUAUAAAGUGCGAUUCCGUGAUACCACGUCGGAGAACACUGUGCUCAUGUACUGCACGGAUGGUAUUCUGCUGAACCUCCUGGAGGAUGGAUCCUGCCCUAAAAAUGUCAUUUUAGACGAGGUCCACGAGCGAUCUGUGCGCACGGACGUUCUCCUGGGCCUUCUAAAGAGGCGAAUACGAAGGACUCGCCUGGUUUUAAUGAGUGCAACUGCAGAUGUGGCCUCUUUGAAGGCGUACUUUUUGGGCGGAAACAUCCCCGUCCACGUAUGCACGAUACCCUCCAGAAAGCACAAUGUGGAGAUAAAGUACCUCCUGAAGGGGGCUUCCGACUACAUACAGGCAGCGCACGAGACUGUUUGCAAAAUCGUGAAAGAUGCAAAAAAAAGAAGAAAAAGGGCAGGCACAGACUCUUCCCCGGAGAACGAGGAAAAGGCAAGAAAAAAGUCGGGGGAAAUGGACGAGGUAGACUGCAUAUUUUCGAAAGUUGAGAGCCUCCCAAAAAAUCGCGACAUUUUCACCUCCGGGAGUAUCCUCGUGUUUGUCUCCGGGCUGGAGGAUAUUGAAGAACUGUUCCACAUGCUGCAGGCACUCCCGGGAGUUGAAGUCCUAAAGCUGCACUCCUCCCUCCCGGACGCCCAGCAGAAGCUCGUCUUUUCCAGGCGGGAGAAGCCUGUGCGCGUGAUCGUCUCCACAAACAUAGCAGAGACGAGUCUGACAAUAGAAGACGUCAAGUGGGUCGUGGAUUCGGGCGUGCAAAAGAUAAAUGUCACACGAGACGGGAUUGAUGCACUGGGGAUCGUGAAAAUAUCGAAGUCAUCUGCACAGCAAAGAGCAGGCAGAGCGGGAAGAGUCUGCCCUGGGAUCUGCUACCGCCUUUACACGGAGUCUGCCUUCUCGAAGAUGCGGGCGUGCGAUAUUCCGGAGAUUCUGCGGGUGGAUAUUUCCGCAGUUUCUCUCUCCCUCCUGGGCAUGCGGAUAGACCCGGAGAAGUUCGAGUUCUUCGAGUCCCCGGGAAGAAAUGCUUUGGCUGCUUCCCUGUCGGAUCUGUACGUUCUCGGACUGAUAGACGAAGAGAAAAAAGUGACGGAUCUUGGCAGGAAAGUCAGCAGGCUCCCGCUCUCGCCCUCCUUGGGGAAGUUCCUGGUUCUGGGGAAGAGUCUUGGCGUGGGGUGCUCGGCAGCUGCUGUUUGCUCCCUCCUGGGCUCGGAGAAAGCCUCCGUCUUCUCCCGGGAAACAGACACGGGAAGCGUGGAGAGCGUGUACAAGGCCAAGGAAAAGGCCUCGGACCUGACGCUCUAUGCAAGCCUCUUCUUCACGUACCUGCAGUGCAAGAGCAGGCUAAGAAGUGACCUCUGCAAGAGCCUUGGAGUCUCCCACCAGGAGAUGAAGAGGGCAGAAAGCGCAUACGAGCAAUUGGUGAAGCUCAUGCGGGUGAAGGGAAAUUUGAGCGAAGAGACGGAAAGUCUCCAGGAGAUGGAUCGGGUGUACGUGCCACUGCGAGAAGUCACUGCAGACCGCCUUCAUGCGGCAGCUACAGGCGGAUUUCUGACGAGAGUUGCAGCUUUGAAGGGGAAGGGCGCGUAUACGCACUUGUACUCUGGGAAAACUGUUUACGUGCAUCCAAGCUCGUGCAUGUUUAGGCGCGUGCAGGAAAAUAUUGCAUUUAUAUUAACAGCAGAAACUACAAAAACAUACGUCAUGCAUGCAUUCCCGUAUACUUCAGAGAUGCAGAUAUAA